AAGGGCGCUGCGUUUCCUCGCCGCAUCUCCCCAUCCGCCAUUGCCUUUCGCCAUUUCUUCUCUUCCCUCGCAUCCACAUCUCCGCGUGCUCCAUCUCUCUACCAAGCUCGCUCGCUGCGGAAGGGUUCGAUCCGGUACGACCAAGGAUUUGGACAUGGCUGAGGCUUUGUGCAACGGCGUCGUGCCGUCGCCGUGCGGCGGGGACGUGGGCGUGGCCGGCCGGGUCAGUGGCGCCGCGGCGGCGCUAGCGGAGUCCGUGCCGAUCGGCGGCUACCGCACCAAGAGCUCCUUCUCCGCAGGGAGGAUGGCCAUGACCGACAGGAAGAUGAGGCCCCUGCCUCGGAGCAUCGAGGCCGCGCCUGGACAGAUGAACCUGUCGUUUCCUAAGGCCAUGCGGUGGUGGGAGAAGGGGCUGCAGCCCAACAUGCGGGAGAUCGAGUCCGCGCAAGACCUCGCCGACUCCCUGCUCAACGCCGGCGACAAGCUCGUCGUCGUCGACUUCUUCUCCCCUGGCUGCGGCGGCUGCCGCGCCCUGCAUGCCAAGAUUGCCCAGUUUGCCGAGAAGAACCCAGAUGUGAUGUUCCUGCAAGUGAACUAUGAGACGCACAAGUCCAUGUGCUACAGCCUCCAUGUCCAUGUCCUCCCUUUCUUCAGGUUCUACAGGGGAGCCGAGGGACGGGUCAGCAGCUUCAGCUGCACAAAUGCAACUAUCAAGAAGUUCAAGGACGCGCUCGCAAAGCACGGACCUGACAGGUGCAGCCUCGGCCCUGCACGGGGGCUGGAGGAGUCGGAGCUCAUGGCCUUGGCUGCAAACAAGGACCUGCAAUUCACCUACGAGAAGCCGGGCCUUGUCCCACUUGCAGAAGCCAUUGCCAAGGAGGCUGCUGCACCAGGAGGCCCGUGGUUCCCUUUGCCUGCGUCCGCGACGCAGUUCCUCACUCAGGGAUCAGAGAAUUCAUUGCUGUCAUCCGGAAGAUAGACACUAGUUCCAUCCAGAUUGCCCCUUUCUGUACAGAUUUAUUCUUUCUUGUUCUGAUGUUUGAGUGACAUAUUGAGAUGCAGAUGCGCAGGCUUUGGCUUUUAGUUUAUAAGCCUGCUGACUAUUGCAUCUGUGUUGUAGCAUCUAGUCAUUGCUCAAGCAUGAAAUCGUUUGCUUGACGAACCUGUCUGAGUCAUGUCUCUGUGCACGGAGAAUUCGUUCCGGCAUGAUUGAUAAUAUUAAUGCUUGAGCUGCCCUUUCUGCC